AUGGCCGACUCGAACCCGCCCCAGUACUCGGCAGCGGCCACGGCGACCGUUCCGCAGGUUCUCGUCAACCUCGCCCCGUCCACCGACUCGGACACCGCCUCGUUCCAGCUCGGCUUCCUCGGCCACGGCCCGGCCUACGUCGCCGGCGAGGUCCAGGUCAAGUACACGGGCAUCGGAGACGUCGACGCGCGGCCGGCCUUCCGCCGCCUCGACGUGUGCUUGCGCGGCGUCGAACGAGGCGCCAACCCGCACGACGAGCCCAUCGAGCUGUUCGACCAGCGCCAGGUCCUGUGGGGCGACGGCGCCGCGGGCACCAGCUCGGCAGGAGCUGCCACCACGAGCGGCGAGGCGUCGUUCCCGCCGAGCGUCAACUCGUUCAAGCUCGAAUUGACCUCGGACCUCCCCGUCUGCGUCCACGCGCCGCCCUCGUCCUCGCUCGCCUACACCCUAACCGCCACCCUCUACCCUGCCGACCCCGACGCGCUCCCCCUCGUGCGCUGUCACCCCGUCCACCUCGUCCGCACCUCGCCCCCGGGCUCCCUCCCCGCCGGCACCUCUUCGCCCCGCACCGUCUCUGCGACCUCGCCCCUCGCCUUCAGCGUCCGCCUGCCGCGCACCUCGUUUCGCCGCAGCGAGCCCAUCGAGCUCACGACCCGCAUCGAGGUGCCCGACGCCAAGGCCGUCGGCGAGGGCCUGCGCCUGCGCACCGUGAGCGCCGAGCUCGUGCGCACCAUCACGGGCAUCGCCGUGUCGCCCUCGCGUGCGCCGAGCGCAGACGACGACGAGGGUCGGCUCGAGCUCGAGCCGCAGGUGCACCGCACGGUCCUCGCGCACUCGGGCAAGUCGGCGCGCUUUUCGCCCUCGCGGCCGAUCAUCAUCCGCCUCGUGCUCCACCCGCCGACCGAGCCGUCGUGCGAGUCCAUCACGCAGUCGUCCAUCCUGCACACCGUCUCGUUCGCCGUCGUCGUCACGAUCGGCCUCGUCUCGGCGCGCCCCUCCUCGUCAACCCGAGCUGCAUCGCCUCUUCCCGACGCCGUCCUCUCGCAAGACGUCGUCAUCCUUCCCGACUCGCCGCCGGCCUCGCGCUCCGACAAGCAGAAGGAGGUCGACCGUGAGCAGUACACGGCAGCACCACCGCCGCCGGUCGACGCACCUUGGGCGUCGCAGGACGCACCCGUCCCGACGUACGUCGAGCGGUCCGAGCACGACCUCGGCGAGCCGCCUGCCUCGGGCUCGUCGACGUCGGCCUGGUCCUCGUCCUUGCACCACGACUUUGGCGCCUCGCCCUCGUCGUCGUCCUCGGCGGGCAUCCUCGUCGACAUGCCGUACGCGGUCGUGUACCCGACCGACGGCGACGAGGACGAGUACGACGGCUACGAGGAGCUUUCGCUCCCCGCGACGUUGUCGACGCGCCUUCCGCCGCCGGCCAUCGACGAGGACGUGAGCCCACCCUCGGUCGGCGAGCCGUCGAGUGUCGCAGGACUCGCGCUCGCGGCGGCGAUGGGCGGCUUGAUCGACGAGCGGGACGAGGACGGUGCCGACGAGGGCGAGACGCCGCCGCCGGACGACUUUGCCGCCUAUACAGCGAGCUCGUCACCGCCGCCGCCACUGUCGCCUCGCGCAGGCGAGCGCGAGGAGGGUGCGCCGCCGCCGUCGUUCGAGGCGCGCCCAUCCCGCGAGCUUCCUCCACUACUCCCUCAUCCUCAUUCCGACCCGCCAACCGAGCCCGCCUCUCCUCCUCCUCACAUCGACUUCCACCCUCUUCCGCCUCCUGUACCACUCCCACUCCCUGUCGGCGUACCAUCCACCCCGCCAGAGCACCUCGCCGCCUCGACCACCGCCGAGGACGACCUUCCCCCACCUGUCUCGCCGGCAGGCCUCACGCGCCGAGGCCUGCCGCCCCCUUACUUUGGCGGCUCGCCACCGCCGCCGCACUCGGGACCGCUCACGCCGCCGCCGCCGCCGCCGCCCGGCGCGCUCGGCACCGUAGCACACGACGAGCCGCACCCGGCGGGGCGUGCGCUCGACAGCUCGGCGCCUGUGCGCGGAGCGGUCGGCGAGCGGGACGGGCAGGUGGACGAGGGACUCGAGCUGGACGGGCGGCCGCCGCCGUACGAGCAGCGGGACGCGGCGCUCGCAGCGACGAGGGGGCGUGCGGGCGACGAGAGUGGGAGGAUGGGCGAGCUGGUGCUGUAG